AAAGGAGAAGAAAAAGGGUAAGCAUUUUUUAUUAUACUUUUUACACAAUCGCUGUCAGGUUAUAGACGUGCGAAUACUCUCAUGGGAUAGCAAAGACAAUUUGCUGCUGUAUCGAAAUUUGACGUUUGAUGGAUGGAACGAAAGAACGGAAUCUAUGGCGUGCCUUCACAUAGUUAUUGAUCGCAUGCCGAGAGGCUCGUUGUUUUCAAUUUGCAAUACACAUCGUUUUGUAAUUAAACAAAAUACUUUUAAAUCGAGUUUUUUUGUUCACUUCCUACAGCACUGUUAUCAUCUCUUCUACUUUUUUUUAUACUUUUUUUUUUAUCUGCAAUGUGUACCAUUUUCUAGCGUGAGAUGGAGCCCAUUUGCAAGAGACGUGUAUGUCAGAGGCAGCCAUCCACAGCAGCUCGACUAGCACUGGCCAAAGAAAGAGAAAGCUCAGUUGCAUGCCACU